GUAUAGAGAAGAUGUGGCAUAGCCCUCUCUAAUCGUGCCUGGGUUAUAUGGAGGAUUAUUUAUAUACGUGAUGGAAGAAAAUCUAUUUGUCUGAUGAAAAUGGAUGGGAAUACACAGAUGCUUCAUCUGUCGCACGAUUAAUAAUCAGAAUAACGGUGCGCGUGUCAAUGAGUGUAUCCUCUGCAUCGUCGUCCUGCUGAAACACACAUAUAAAGUCCUCCCUCUAUGGGGAUGAUAGAAGAUGGAGGAGAAUAGCCCUCGUGUAGCAGACUACUUCGUGGUGGCAGGACUCACCCACUCCUCUAAGCCCCUAGAGGAAGACAUCCACCCUGAGGAAGGCAGUCACAGGAGCUCAACUCAGCCUAAGGCUCCCAUUACAGAUGUGGCGGUGGUGAUCCGCUCCUUUGGGGAGGAGGUACCUCGUGGGUAUACCUGCAUUGAAUGCACACCCUCUGGCCUGCCUGCAGAACUAAAUGGAGGUAGUCUCUUGGGGCCGCAGAUCUUCCUCUGCUACAGGAGAGGCAGAGACAAACCGCCGCUCACAGACCUGGGGGUCCUUUAUGAGUGGAAGGAGAAAUUGAAGCCAGACUGUGACAUUAUACAGACCACGCCCUCUGGCCGUCCUGCUAAUAUCAGUAGCUCCUCCUCCCAAAGGAUCUACAUCACAUAUCGGCGUGCCUGUGAGAAUCACUCUCAUGCUACACUGGCUGUCACAGACAUCUGUGUCAUCAUACCCAGCAAGGGGGAGACACCACCACAUGCCUUCUGCAAGGUGGAAAAGAACCUCAACACUAGUAUGUGGGGGUCCUCUGUAUACUUGUGCUACAAAAAAUCUUUGGCCAAAACCAACACACUUGCAUUCAAAGCAGGUCUGUUGUCCAGAUAUCCAGAAGAAGACUAUGAUUCUUUUCCUUUGCCUGAAUCUGUGCCCCUGUUUUGUCUACCUAUGGGAGCAUCCAUCGAGUGCUGGCCCUCUCAAACCAAAUAUUCUCUCCCUGUCUUUUCCACAUUCGUUCUCACUGGUGCCUCUGGAGAAAAGGUUUAUGGAGCUGCCAUCCAGUUCUACGAGCCCUACACAGAGGAACAUUUGACUGACAAGCAGAGAUCUCAGCUGGGCCUGCAGGAUAACGGUCUCAGGCCUGAUGGGUCCAUGACUGUCCACACCAACAAAAGCAUCUGCCUUCUGUCUCACUGGCCCUUUUUCGAUGCUUUCCAUAACUUCCUUACCUUCCUGUACAGAUACUCCAUCUCUGGUCCACACACUCUGCCCAUUGAGAAGCAUAUUUCUCAUUUCAUGCACAAGGUUCCUUUUCCUUCCUCUCAAAGGCCACGUAUCUUGGUGCAGCUGUCUCCACAUGAUAGCCUGAUGCUGAGCCAGCCUGUUUCCUCCCCCCUCCCUCUUAGUGGUGGAAGGCUCUCUACACUGCUUUUAAACCUCGGACCUAAGAAUGCAGUGACUCUGCUGGUGUUGGCCGUGACUGAGCACAAGAUCUUGGUGCAUUCUCUGCGUCCGGCAGUUCUUACCAGCGUUACAGAGGCCCUAGUGUCGAUGAUUUUUCCCUUCCACUGGCCAUGCCCUUACAUUCCUCUGUGCCCCCUGGCCCUGGCAGAUGUUCUAAGUGCUCCAUGCCCUUUCAUUGUAGGGGUGGACUCGCGUUACUUUGAUAUCUAUGAGCCACCGACAGACAUAAGCUGUGUUGACCUGGACACCAACACUAUAACCCACAAAGAAGAGCGCAGAGCCUUGACCUGGAAGAUCCUGCCAAGAAAAGCCUGUAAACAUCUGAUCAACACCCUCAGCAAACUCUACCAGCAACUGGAUGAGGUUUAUCAGAUGAGUCGUGAGGACGGGCAGAUGGAGGCGUUCAUGACUGAGCGGGAACCUGGCAGUGGUGGGAAGAGUCUGGAGACCUUGGAGCUAGAGAUCCAGGAGGCUUUCCUGCGCUUCAUGGCAGCCAUCUUGAGGGGCUACCGCUCGUACCUGUUGCCAAUUACACAAGCUCCUUCAGAGAAAGCAACUGACGCCAGUUCACUCUUCGAUCUGCAAGGCUUUUUGAAGAGUCGUGACCGAUCCCAUCAAAAGUUUUACUCCCUAAUGACCAAGACUCAGAUGUUUAUUCGUUUCAUCGAAGAGUGCUCUUUUGUCAGCGAUAAGGACGCAAGCCUGGCUUUCUUUGAUGACUGCGUUGACAAGGUGGACAGCGAGAAGCCUGAGGACACAAGGCUUAUUGAACUUGACAAAUCUCACCGCAGCGAGCACACGGUCUACAUCACCCCUCCAGAUCUGCCGGCACUGCCUGAGGGAGAGGAGCUGCCUGUGGUUUAUAGCUACAUUGGGUUUCCGGUACUGAACGCCCAACUCUGCGAGCUCCAGGACGGUCCCAGAGUCCCCAAGGCAACUUCAGCUGUGAGACACAUCAGUCCCAUCAGCCCAGCAGCCAUUUUCAGACGCUCCCAACAGGAAAUCAAAUCAGCCCAGAGAAUAGCAAAGAUGUACUCCUCCAUUCCUCAGAUGUGGUCCAAGUGUCUGCUCAGGCACUGCCAUGGUCUGUGGUUCAUCUGCCUACCUGCGUACGUCAGUGCCUGCCACUCUAAGGUGCGGGCACUGCAUACUGCCUACGAUGUGCUGAGAAAGAUGCAGGACAAAAAGUUGCAGCCCCCUGAUGAGGUGUGUUACCGGGUCCUAAUGCAGCUGUGUGGGCAGUAUGGACAGCCUGUUCUGGCUGUUCGGGUUCUUUUUGAGAUGAAGAAAGCCGGAGUGCAGCCAAAUGCCAUUACAUAUGGAUACUACAACAGGGCGGUGCUAGAGAGCACAUGGCCUUCCUCCACCAGAGGGGGUUACUUCCUGUGGGGAAAACUGAGAAAUGUGCUCCGGGGUGUGGUGCUGUUUAAACAAGUGUGGAGGAGUCAGACCACCCACCCGAAAGACACCCAUAUGUCUGAUGCCAGUGAUCUCGACAGUGUCAGCCAUGGCAGUCUGGACAGCGCUAACGAUUCAGCAGAGCGAGUUUCGAUUGAUACAGACUUCACUAAAAUGGAUUCUAGUGAUGACAGAUCCAGCACAGGUGGUCAGUCUGAUCAGGGUUACGACUCUCUGUCGAAGGAUGAGGUGAGGUUAGGAGGAGGUGUGGAGCACAACUCCUCUCCAGACUUGAAGGAGAAGGAGGAGAGAAACUCUUGCUCAUUGUCUCAGUCUGUGCUUGCAAAAAAAGAAGAAUCAUCCCUUGUGCUUGGAUUCAAUCCAUCCACAACCAUUGAGGAAACCAGUAAUGACUUCUCUGGAGCCUUCACAAAAACAAAAAGGCCAAACUCCCUGGAUAUUUUUGGAGAAAAGCUCGUAAGACCCAGCACACUGAAUAUAACCCCAGAUAAGACAGUGGGAGAGCUCAGCACUGAAUCCAUUGCAGUUUUUGAGCCGACAUCAGUGUCAAUCAAAAGGGAAGCAGUGGGGGGCGUUGUAAGCCCACCUAAACUUGCUGUGGAGAGGACUGUAAGCAGCACGGUUGCCAUGGAGAAUAGAGUUGCCAUGGAGAGAGAACAUUUUGGCAUGGAGAGGAGCAUGAGCUGCAGUGAUGCCCUUGGCCGGGUGGUGAAGAGGAUGGGUAUUGAAGCAGGGUUUGAUCCUCUCUCCCUGAUGGCUGCUGAGACUGAGACCUCAAGUGAGGGCAAUAGUGCAGAUACCCCCACCGCACGCCGAGACCUGGCCGAAGAGAUUCACCACUACAUGAACAACCUGAGUAGCCCGUUGAGCCAGCGUUCUCUCAGUGUGGACUUGAGGGGGCUUCAGACCCCAUCUCCACAUAGCUCUCCUCACAUAUCUGCAGUGGUCAGCUCCCCCAGCAACUCCCACCGUCAACCUCAGCCACGAACCAGACUGUUUUCCUCGCCCUCCCUCCCACAGGGCCGCGCACAAAGGGUUAGGGAACAGCGGCCCAACUCCUUGGCCUCCCCACCCUCACCUGCUCAUUCCACUUCUUCUUUCUCCAUGGACUCUCUGCUCACGCCGACCUUUGACGUGUUCAAGAGCAGCUUCCUAUUUGCUGGGAAGGGUGUCGCUGAGAAAGCCAGUCGUCUAUAUUCACGACUUUCCUCCCAAACUUCCAUUGCACAGGAUUUGAACUCUGACCGGGUCAGUGUGUCCUCGCUGGGGUCAUGUGAACCUGAUUGCUCCUCUCUGAUUGAGAGUGAUUCCUGUGUAGACCCCGACGGGCUCUCCUCCCCUCUGCGGGACGGCGCUCAACCCAUCACACGGCCCAAGAGGAGCCCUCACAGGAGUCUCGAAAGUCCUUCUGCACCAUCACGACUCUUCCACCAGUCCUCCCUCACUGGUUCAUCACUGACAGUUGUGAAAGCGCUACAGACCCCAGACGUGUGUUCUGAUUCCAACCUCGCUCAGUCAAUGCAGAAUUAUGCUAUUGAAGUACGUAUGUCCAGUUGUUCACGCUGUAACACCUGUGAGUGUCUGGUGUAUGAUGAAGAGAUCAUGGCUGGCUGGACAGCUGAUGACUCCAACCUCAACAGCACGUGCCCCUUUUGUGGCUCCCCAUUUCUGCCCCUGCUCAAUGUGGACAUCAGAAACUUGGGUGACCAGGAGAGAGCCCCCUCUCAAGUAACGCAUUCUUGCCAGACAGAUCUGGAAGAGGAACUUGCACAAGUUUGUGAUGCCACUGGCAAUCUAUCCAGAAAUGGCAAAAAAGACCCUGAGCCAGUAACCGUGCCCUACCUGAGUCCUCUGGUACUUUGGAAAGAACUGGAGAGCUUGCUGGAGAAUGAGGGGGACCAGGCCAUCUCGUCUGCAGCCAUUGUGGAUCACCAUCCCAUUGUGUUCUGGAACCUGGUGUGGUUUUUCCGUAGGCUGGACCUGCCCAGCAGCCUGGCAGGACUCUAUCUGAGCUCCAGACACUACAGCAAAGAUGCUCAGCCUCCGCAAAGUGCAUCAGAGGACAGUAAGAAUGUCUUGGUCCAGAUCCUGUGGGACAACCCUAAACUACAUCAAGACCCCAUCCAGCCCUGCUACCUGCUCUGGAAAUCAUAUUGUGCAAAUCCCACAGUAUCUGCUGCGCUGUGGGAGGAGGAGCAGGCUGUGAGCUUGGAGCUGCUGCAGAGUGUCGUGAAGAGCAUCCAGAAGAAUGAUGUCUAUCAGCCCAUGAGUCAAAUACUGCAGCUACUGGGCACCAGAUUGGGCUUUGUCAGACAACGGAGCUUAUAUAGAGAUAUUCUCUUCUUGUCUUUGGUGGCUUUGGGCAAAAGUAGCAUAAAUAUCGAUGCAUUUGAUCGAGAAUACAAAAUGGCAUAUGACCGUAUGACCCCCAGCCAGGUCAAGAUGACUCACAAUUGUGACCGGCCACCCAGUGCUGGAGUCAUGGAGUGUAGGAGAACUUUUGGGCUGCCCACUCUGUGAAUCGCCUUCAUUUAUAAUCUCAUUCCUCCCUCUUUCCUUACAUCCAUCAUGUAGAUCAAGGCAUCCAGAGAUCUAAGAGGUCUAAGGCCCAGCCACAGAAGGAAAAACUUUCAUUCAUAUGAUCCUAAACAUUCAGUGUAACCAAAGCUACCUCUGGCUCCCAUGAGGUCCCUUUAGAGACAGAGAAAAACAGUUCCUGGACAUCUGUGUGACUGUCAUACACUACCUGUGAAUAUACCACUUUCUCUUGUCUGAGAUCAUGUCCUUUACCUCGUAUUUCCCCCCUCACAUUACCUUUGCUCGUCUGCCUAAUGUCUGGAUCCUCAACCCUUCUUAGAAGCUUUGGGCCACAUUCAAAUACCCUAGAUCCACUCAGGUAAACUUGAGUUGUGAGGUCAUUCUAGAUUUAAAGCAAAAGCUUGUGCUCAGGUCAUUCCAUCACUCUUUAGAUCACAUAGAGUGGAUUUGGGACCAGUAGCUGUAGAACAAUCAGAUUGGAUUCAUGUUUAGUAUAGAAGCACAAUGAGCGACCCAAACACACAUAGUCCGCUUUUGACCAUCUAUGGGCAGUUGUAUAUGUCACGUACAAAGAGACUUUUGUGUACAAAGUCUAUUAUUAUUUUGAAUAAUUGUAUUAUACAGUUAUAUUUUAAAACUGGAAUUUGUUAUAACUGAUAUGUCUCCAUUUGUAAAGAAUAUGCUGUGCGUUGUGUAUAGGUUUCACUUUGAAUGUGUAAUGUUUGCUGUCCUGGUCCCGGAGACCAGUUGUAUGGUGACUGUCAGUGACACUGUCGUUUUAAUACCUGAGGUACAGAACUGGAAAAAAAUAUUAUUACAUGAAUUAUGAGACAGUUUACACGGUAAUAAAUAUGUUUGAUGGGAUUUUGGACUGAGAAAUGCCUUAUUGCAGGAUGGACCAAUCAUGUUAGAACAGGAUGGAGAAAAACAGGGUAUAAAAAGUAAAGUAUAUAAAAAGCGUAAAAAUAGACUGUUAAUGUGAUUUUUACUUCCUGUUGCAAUAUUGUUACAUAAUCCCUUUUUUUUUUUUCUUUUGCUAAUGAGGUUAUGUCAUUUUUAUAUUUUGACAAUUGUUUUACAUUAUACAAUGAUGUAUAAACAUGGAUUGCAUUGUCAACGUUCAUUAAUUACCAAUUUCAUGAAGCAUCAGGGUAUACAUGCACUUACAGUAUUUAGACGAUUCAAACUCUGAUCAAAAUAAACAUACAGUAACUGAAACUAUUGUUUUAAUACUCUAAGUCUUGUUUCCUGAUGAUGUUUAUUGAAGAUGUACAUUGAGUCUGGUAAGAGGAUUGCUGAAUUUUAAAUGCUCCUGACAGGAGCAGUUUACCAUCUUGGAUUAAAUAAUAUGUAUACAUGUAAUGAUACACAAUUACUUACUGAUGUUUUCUGCCCUAAGUGAGAAAAGUACAACAGAUAAUACUGCCCUAAGCAUUUUGAAAAAAAGAUUUGCAAACACUUUUAUUUUUUUUAUCGACCUGAUGCUGUGUAAAACUACAUAUAUACAGUUAACACUGCUGUUAAUGUUUUAGCAGUUUUUAUAUCACCUGCUUUUUAACUCCAUAUGGCAUGGUAGUGAAAAAUUUGUGUAUGGUGAUUAGUUUUCUUUUUUUUAUAUAAAUAUGUUAUAGAACUUCCUCACAUUUUAAUAUGUUAAAUAUGUAACAUAUGUUUAUGUUAUAGGGCAAUGUGCUUUACAUAUCAAUUCUUAUGUUACUUCUAUUUAUAUUUGUAUACAUCAUUUUGUCAGAUCUGAGCCGGAUCUAUAAAAAUGUUUAAAACUGUAAAUAAACACACUCAAACUGG